AGUCUGUGUUGUCAGAGGAUUGCCAGGAGCUCUGUACCUGUACUGCCUCUGGUGAUGUGAAGUGUAAGGUGAACAAGUGCAAGGCUGACAAAAGAUGCCAAGUCAAGAAUGGUCACCGGGGCUGCGAUCUCAAAAAGUGUUUGAUGGAGGCUGAUAGCUCCUUCACCCUGUUCAAUGGAAGAGGUGGUGAAAUCACAGCCAUUGGGACCUACGAGAUAACCAAAGAUUGUGAAAAUGCUCUGGUGGAAGUGGUUCAGAGUGGUGGUGAAGUUGCAGGCCUGUGGGAAGACUGGCCUCAAGAGCGUUGUUGCUGUGUACGUCUACUUUAAUGACCUGAUCGUCACUGUCAACAGCAAGCAUGAACCUUGGAUCAACGGUAAGAAGGUGACUCUACCCCGCCUGCUGAGUAAUGAGGUCUCAGUGAAGGUCUCUGACAAGACACUGACGAUUGAGAGGAUGUCAGGCCUUCAGGUGUCAUACAGCCUCUCUCAGGAGAUCACAGUGACAGUGAGUGCCAAUAUGGCUGACAAGGAGACAAUAGUCUCCACCUGACUAUGCCGAAAUACAUGGACGGCUGGAUCGCACCGGACUUUCUCAC